ACCUGUUUCGUUACUAGAAAAAAAAAUGACCGGCCGUGGAAAAGGAGGAAAAGGAUUGGGUAAAGGAGGAGCUAAACGUCAUCGCAAAGUUCUUCGUGAUAACAUCCAGGGUAUCACAAAGCCCGCAAUUCGUCGUCUGGCUCGUCGUGGCGGAGUUAAACGUAUCUCAGGCUUGAUUUACGAAGAAACACGUGGUGUAUUGAAAGUAUUUUUGGAAAACGUUAUCCGUGAUGCCGUCACUUAUACUGAACACGCAAAAAGGAAAACUGUCACUUCAAUGGACGUUGUUUACGCUUUGAAACGCCAGGGACGUACUCUCUACGGAUUCGGUGGUUAAAUAUUCCUCCUUAACUGCAAAAAAAAAAACAUCAAUCGGCCCUUUUCAGGGCCAACA